UAAACAAAGAACAGCAUGUUUAAUACAAAAUAAUGGUGACGGGACAUACAAGUGUAGUUACUCACCUGUUGAUGAUGGUUUACAUCAUGUUGAGGUGACUUAUGAUGGUGCACCAGUUCCGGGUAGUGCUUUCCCUGUUAAUGUAGCACCUGGUUGUGAUCCAACCAGAGUUAGAGCCUAUGGACCUGGUUUAGAAGGUGGAUUCACACAUGAAAUGCAAAGAUUCACAGUUGAUCUUGAUGGAGCUGGUCAAGGUGCACUCGGAUUGGCUUUAGAAGGUCCAGCUGAUGCACAAAUCCAAUGUCAAGAUAAUAAAGAUGGAACAUGCACAGUGGACUAUUUACCAACUCGUGCAGGAAACUAUGAUGUCUUUGUUAAGUUCAAUGAUGUUAAUAUUCCAGGUAGUCCAUUCCAAGUACCUAUUCGUGAUGUUGUUGAUCCAACUCGUGUACGAUGUUAUGGUCCAGGUUUGGAGCCAAGAGGUGCACGAGCUCAACAACCAGCACACUUUACUGUAGAUGCUUCACAAGCUGGAGAUGCACCGAUACAAGUUGCAACAGUUGAUCGUCUGGGAAGAUCGAAUCCAGCUCAUAUUGUUCCACGACCAACUCAACCAGGUGUUUAUGAUGUCACCUAUGUACCGGAUACAGAUGGUCCAUGUCAAAUUGAGGUGAAACAAGGUGGUAAUCAUGUAGCACGUUCACCAUUUAUGCAACAUGUUCUACCAGCUUUUGAACCUCAACGAGUUCGUGUCACCGGUGAAGGUGUUCAUCCAACACGACCAUUAGGUCUACCAGCGACUCAGCCUACCUCUUUCCAAGUAGAUACAAGAGAUGCAGGACUUGGAGAUUUAGAAUUAUCAGUAAUGGACCCUGAUGGUCAACCAUUACAAUUAGAAGUUGUUGAUGUUGGCGAUGGAACAUACGUAUGUCAUUAUACACCAAUGAUUGUGGGACGACACACUGUACGCGUGAAAUAUGGUGGACAAGAAAUACCUGAAAGUCCAUUUUUAGUACCAGUUGCUCCAUCUGGACGAGCUAAUCUGUGUCGUAUAGAAAGUGGAAAUGAUAGCCGAGUACCAGUUGGUCAAGAAUGUGUUAUCUCUGUGAAUACAGCUCAAGCUGGUGUUGGCCAGUUGACUUGUCGUAUUGUUACACCGUCUGGUGCGACAGCUGAUGUUGAAAUUCAUGAAGCACCAAAUGGUCGUGUUAACAUUUAUUAUACACCACCGAUCCGAGGAGAUUAUUUAGUUGAAAUACGAUUUGGUGGAGAGCUGAUACCAAAUGGAAGAUUUAAUCAAAAAGCUGUUAGUCCAGAAGAGUUAGUCAAUGAUAUAAGCACUAUACAAGAACAAAGAGUUCAACAUGUUAAUGUACAAUCUGUACAGUCGAUACAUUCAUCAACAAUUACAACAGGCUAUCAUCCAGUUGACUUUAAACUACCUGUUGGUCCAACAUUUAGUCAUGUCGAAGGUUUGGUUCGUACACCAAGUGGUCGAAUUCUCCAUCCAAAUUUAAUUGACAAUGGUGAUGGCACAGUGACAGCACAAUUCCAACCGAAUGAACCUGGAUUGCAUGAAUUAGAAAUCACCUACAAUGGUCAACCGAUACCAGGUAGUCCAUUUAGAUUUUACGUCGAAGCUGUUGGCUCUGGUGUUGUAACAGCCUAUGGACCUGGAUUGUCAUAUGGACGAGCUGGUGAACCAGCUAACUUCACCUUGAUAACACGAGAUGCUGGUGCAGGUGGACUAUCACUUUCUGUGGAAGGACCAUCGAAAGCAGAUAUUCAAUGUGAUGACAAUAAAAAUGGUACUUGUAGUGUAAGUUAUUUACCACUAGUCCCGGGAGAAUAUACAAUAUCGAUUAAAUUUAUGGAGAAUCAUAUACCUGGUUCCCCGUUCACUGCACAUAUAGCAGGUGAAUCUCGUCGAUUCAAUCAAGUUUGUGUUGGUACAACAAGUGAAAUGCCAUUACGUAUCACAGAAACAGAUAUUUAUAAUUUAGUCGCAACAGUUCGUAGUCCAUCUGGUCUAGAACAACCAUCUACACUGAAGAGAUUGCCGAAUGGACAUUUAGGCAUUUCAUUUACUCCACAUGAAAUUGGUGAACAUUUUGUCAAUGUAUUUCGUAAUGGCAGACAUAUUGCUAAUAGUCCAUUUAAAAUUUAUGUUGGUGAAAGUGAAAUUGGCAACGCAUCAAAAGUUCGAAUCUAUGGUACUGGUCUACGUGAAGGUAUGGCGAAUCAAAAUUGUCAAUUCACUGUAGAUACAAGAAAUGCUGGUUAUGGCGGUUUAAAUCUAUCAAUUGAAGGUCCUAGUAAAGCAGAUAUCGAAUGUCAUGAUAAUCAAGAUGGCACAUGUCUUGUCACUUAUCGGCCAACAGAACCUGGAACAUAUAUUAUCAAUGUUAAAUAUGCUGAUCAACCAGUACCAGGAAGUCCUUUUGUUGUGCAUAUCGGUGGAGAACCUUCGCUUAGAAUGAUGGAAAGAAUUACUCGACAACGGGAACUUGCUGAUGCCACCUAUGUUGGUAGUCAGUGUGAAUUGAAUUUAAAAAUUCCAGGAAUAAAUAUUCGUGAUUUAACAGCGAAUGUCACCAGUCCAUCAGGAGUCACUCAAAGAUGUGAUGUAUUAGCUACAGACGAUGUGAACUAUACCAUCAAAUUUGUACCUCAAGAAAUGGGUGUACACACUGUUUCAGUACGUCAUCGUGGAUCACACAUUUCUGGAAGUCCAUUCCAAUUUACUGUUGGUCCUAUCACAGAAGGUGGAGCACAUAAAGUACACGCUGCUGGUCCAGGAUUACAACAUGGUUUAACUUAUUCACCAAAUGAUUUUAGUAUUUAUACUAGAGAAGCAGGUGCAGGCGGUUUGUCAAUUGCUAUAGAAGGACCAAGUAAAGCGGAAAUAGAUUUUGAGGAUCGAAAAGAUGGUUCAUGUGGUGUCUCAUAUCGUGUAACUGAACCGGGCGAGUAUUUAUGCUCUAUUCGUUUUAAUGAUGACCAUAUACCGAAUUCACCGUAUCGUGUUAUUAUAAAUGAAGCAAUGGAGAGAACAUUCUAUACACCUGAUACUAAAUUGCUGAGUUUUGCUACUGUCCAAGAUCGUGGUCUUCAGAUCGGACGUCCAACAGCAUUCACAAUCAACUAUUCAGGAAUGGGAGGUAGAAUGAGAGCCUAUGUUGUCGCACCAUCUGGUUUACAAACAGAUGCAUUUGUUCACCAAGUUGAUGUUGAUCAACACGCUGUACGCUUUACACCUCAAGAGACUGGUGCACAUUUAGUUCAUGUGCUGAUGGAUGAACGUCCAAUACCUGGCAGCCCGUUCCGUGUUCUAGUAGGACAAGAUGAAACAGGUCCAGUGACAGCUAGUGGUGAAGGUUUAAGCUAUGGACGAGUUGGUGAGCGUAAUCGAUUCUUUGUGAAUACAGCACAUGCUGGUAGUGGUGCAUUAUCAGUUACUGUUGAUGGUCCAAGUAAAGUUCAGUUGAAUUGUACCGAACGUCCUGAUGGUUAUGAUUUCACUUAUAUGCCAUUAUCACCUGGUGAAUAUAUGAUUAGUAUUAAAUAUGGUGAUGCUCAGCAUAUUAUUGGUUCACCAUUUAAAGCAAUUGUUACUGGUGAUGCAGUACAUGAUACUUUCACUGCUGAUACAACACAUGUUGUUGUAGAAACCGGUGGACGUCUUGUCAAUGGACCACAUUCUAAUAUUGGCCCAUCAAGACCUGAUCGUGUUACAUGCUCUGGACCAGGUUUACAACAGGCGUAUUUAAAUGAAGUUAACACAUUUACAGUGAAUGCAACACAAGCAGGUCAUGAUGUUCUCUACGUUGGUGUUUCUGGACCAGUUGCUGCCUGUGAAGAAGUGAAUAUAAAACACUUGGGACAUGGUCAAUAUGCGAUUAAUUAUACUGUACGUGAUCGUGGUCGUCAUCAAAUUAUGAUUAAAUGGGGUGAUCAACAUGUCCCUGGAAGUCCAUUCACUGUGAAUGUUAUUUAAAAAACAAAAAAAAUAUACAUACACAUCAACAGUCUACUUACUAUUGAUAUAUAGUAGUAAAAGUCGAAUACAUGAAAAAACAACAACAUGUUGAAUGGUGAAGUAAACCAUUAGACAUAACCAUGACUGUCUGUUUCACACAAAAACACACACGCGAACAUUGUUAUGCUUCACGAGUGAGCACUACCACUACUACUACUAUUAUUAUUAAUAUAAACAGUAUAUGAAAAACACGUUAAAUUAUUUAAUUUCCUUAGAUAUUUUCUCAGUAAUGUAAUAAUUAUUGAUGGUAUAUUCUAAUACUACUGAUGCUAUGAUUAUUAUUAUUACUGCCAUCGGAGAAGGUUUCAAUACCUGAGCAGUCCAAAUGAAUGACUUUGAGUCGAAAUUUGUCAGGUGCUUUGCUUAUCCUCGUAAUAUAUUUUAACUUUAGGCUUUUCUAGAGUUCUUUCUGCAAAGUGAGUUCUCUUUCUUUCUCUCUCUCUUUCGGAAUCUUGCUUAAUCAUUAUAUAUUUAUUGAAUUAUGCUACUUAAAUCUACUUUUUAAGCGACACGAAGUAUUCAGUUACCCGUUAAUGAGCAUAUGAAUAUUCCUGCUUUUAUUAUUAUUAUUAUUAUUUCGAUUUUCGUCAAUAUUUUUAGUUUCAAUUACUAUGAAUAUAUAUAUAUAACCAUGCAUGAUUUAUGUUCUUUCCAAAAUGCAAACACUUGAGCCGCUUUUAUAUUGAAUAAUAUUGUACUUCUCUUUGGAAUAAGUAUGAUUUAACAAAGAAUUACCAUUUUUGUUUCUCUCUCAACUAGUUUUUCUUUGGCCUAUAUAUAUUUGUCUGUUAACUGCUAAAACGAAUCAUCUUUAGUCCACUCCUGACCCCAUCCAACCACUCACUCCACACCACCAAUAACCUGAGUAAAUACUCACGAAUACGCUUUUUGUUUCUUUCUAAAGAGCUGAGCGCAUUUUAUUCACGCUAAAUUGUGCUUGUUGCUAUUGUUGUCGUUAUUGUCAACUCAUCUUUCUUCGUCACCUGCUCCUAAUCUCCCUAAUCUCUACCCCCCAGCACCCUCAUGUUCGCUAAUAAUUCUUUUUUUUUCUUGUUUUUUAUCUGCCUACUCCUUAAUGUUUUGUUUCCAGCCUACCUUUACAUCAAAACCCUCAUUCUCAUUUAUUAGUUGUUUAAUCGCUUUGGUUGAUUUUAUCGCCACAUAUAUGUGUAUGUGUGUUAAAACAACAGAAACCCCAUAAUUAUGAAUGGAAUUUUAAUUGAUUUCUGAAUACAAUAUAUAUAAUUUUAAUUACC